AUGGCACCCCUGAUCCUUCCUGGAAGUAGAGCACAGGGGAAUUUGUGGGCGUUCGCCGUGUUGAGAGCAGGACUGCAAGAAGCGUGUGCUGUAAAGCCCCAAAAGGGGAGCGAAAGCCCAAGGUGUGUGGUGACAGACCUUCCCCGUCAGUCCCCUGACAGGACACGACCGCCGCCCCAGCGCGGGGGAUGCCGGCGCCUGCUGCUCCGCUCUCCGGGCUGGCAGCGGGUGGAGAGCCCGAUCCCGGCCGCCACCAGCAGGAGCUGCGAGCCCAGCCCUGCCCUCCACCCGCGGGCUGCCGAAGGCCGCAGCGCGGGGCUCGGCCCUGCCCUGCCCCGCCGCGGUCCCCCCGCCGAUAACCGCGGCCCCCCCGGCGAUAACGGCGGCCCCCGCCUCCCCCCGGCUCUGCCCCCUCCCGCCCCGCGCCAUCUCGGCCCCGGCUCGGCAGCCGCUCUCCGGCCGCCCGUGCCCGCCCCGCGGCUCAACAUGGCUCGGCAGCCCGCGGGCUUUCUUCAGGAGGCCUCUCACCAAAUCGCCGCCGGAGGCUCGGCGGGUCUUGUAGAAAUUUGCCUGAUGCAUCCCCUUGAUGUAGUGAAAACAAGGUUCCAAAUUCAAAGAGGGAAAACUGAUCCGACCAGUUACAAGAGCCUGGGGGACUCUUUUAGGACUAUUUUCCAGAGAGAAGGAUUGCUUGGCUUCUACAAAGGAAUAUUCCCUCCCAUCUUAGCUGAGACACCCAAAAGGGCGGUGAAGUUUUUCACCUUUGAACAAUACAAGAAGCUACUAGCAUAUGCAUCAUUACCACCAGGACUGGCAUUUGCAGUUGCUGGCUUGGGAUCUGGAUUAACAGAGGCAGUUGUGGUUAACCCCUUUGAAGUAGUAAAGGUUAGCUUACAGACCAAUCGGAAUGCCUUCACAGAGCAACCAUCUAGCUUUGUUCAAGCUCGGCAGAUCAUUAAAACCAAUGGUUUGGGCCUCCAAGGACUCAACAAAGGUCUUACUGCAACACUGGGCCGUCAUGGAGUUUUUAACAUGGUUUACUUUGGAUUCUACUUCAACGUGAAAAACAUUCUUCCAGUCAAUAAAGAUCCAAAUUUGGAGUUUUUAAGGAAAUUUGGAAUUGGUCUAGUCUCAGGAACAAUAGCCUCAAUUAUUAACAUUCCUUUUGAUGUUGCAAAAAGUAGGAUUCAAGGACCACAGCCAGUUCCUGGAGAGAUCAAGUACAGAACCUGUUUUAAAACUAUGGCAACAGUCUAUAAAGAGGAAGGAUUUCUGGCUCUGUACAAAGGCUUGGUUCCCAAGAUCAUGAGGCUUGGUCCAGGUGGCGCAGUGAUGCUUUUGGUUUAUGAAUACGUUUAUGCAUGGCUUCAGGACACAAUUGACUCCAAGUAGUGCUUCUGAAAAAUGUACUCUUUAAAACUAUAUGCAUUCUAAAAUACAUUUUAAUAAAGUCAAAGUGAUUC